UGGCUUUCAUCCACAUUCUGCAUCAACAUUCGAAGUAUCGAUUGUGGCCUUGAAGUCAUGUCAGAACAAUAGCGUUCUGGUUUAAAAGCAAGCUGCAAACUGCGUUUACUUGUCUUCAACGAAUUCACUUUUCAAUAUUUCUUAACAAUCAUGGUCAAUAGUACCCAUGGUGCUGCUGACGCCACUGCGCCAAAAACUCCUCCUCACGGUGUUAAUUCUGCCUCCGGACUUAUGAAAAGGGAUAUUUGUGGUAACGAUACCAACGAACUGGUUGCCAAGCUCUCAGCCUAUUGGCCAGAAGAGCGGCGUCAGAGCGAGCACGAGAUACUCCAGAAUGUGUAUGCCAUUGCGAGCAAGGAGUCAACGGUGCAGGGACACAUCCCGGACAUGGUCUGGUUCCACAAGUUUGACGAAACGUCCACGGCGAAAGUCAGGAGGUCGCUAGGAAUUCAAGACCCUGAUGCUGAACGGGGCAGUCGCGUUUUGUAUAUCAUCGUGUUCAGGAAGCUCGUCCCAAUCACGUCGCUGAGCGGAGACGAAUUUCUCAGCGCAUGGUGGCAAGUUGUGUUAUGUCAUUAUACCCUCUGGAUGCACAAUGUCCAUCACCGGGACGUCAGUCCUAGCAAUCUCAUGGUCUACUGGUUCAACAGCCAAUGGAUCGGGGUCCUCAAUGACUACGACUUAUCAUCGAUCAAUCGCGAUGGGCCUAGCGGUAAGGAGCGCACAGGAACGGUCCCAUUUAUGGCAAUUGACCUGCUCGCGGAAAAUGCCAUGUCAGGCAAAGUCACACACUUGUACCGGCACGAUGCUGAAUCGCUCAUCUGGGUCCUUGUCUGGGUCUGUUUUAGGUACCAAGAUGGCAAGCUGUCGAGACUACUCGAUGACUGGCUGAAAGUGGAUGCUAAAGGAUGCAGGGAGAAAAAAUCUGCCUUUUUAUUGGAGUUUCGGUAUGGAGACGGCGUUGACGUCGAAGAACCCUCGCCGUCGCACCAAUCCAACUGGAAAGUUGCGAUAGCUUGCCUUUACACUAUCAUCCAUGCUCCCCGGGCGACAAUGGGCGAAAAUGAGUCUAUUCUUCAAACUUGGCUCCUGAAUAACGUAAAGUCUGUAGCUCCAGACAUUAUAGUUCGCCAUCCUGUCCGAGUCAAUGUGUCAUAAGCUUCAUCAUACGCUCUUAUAUCAUGAGGUUAUUGAUUCAUGUGGAUACGACCUUUGCAAU